AUGACCCUCUCGUCUUUUCUACUUGGGGCGGAGAAGAGGAUCGUGAUAGACAAGGGGUUAGAUGCGAUUUUCAAUUCGACGACCGGUUCACCAAUGUCUACACGUGCAACAUCUGCAUCCGAACACGGUGCGAGCAGUGGAAAGCGUAAAAUGCCUUCGAACAAUACGGAUGUGAAACCGAAAAGACAUAGGACAGGAAAGGACGAGGAACCAGAACUGUCUUCGAACACGACGAACCCGGUAGUCAAACUCACAGAAGAUUUGUCCAAUCUUGACUCAGAGCGUGCGAGUGAAAGGGAAAGUAGAUCAUCAGCCUCCACACAUCAUGAUGCCGAAGUACCGACACCUCACAUUGCAGCUCUAGCUAAUGGUUCGGGGAGUUACCCCAGCAACUCAGACGAUGAAGGUGACAUGUCCCAGCUAGUUCACGAGUCACUUAUCAAGAAAGUCAAGGGAGUUCAUGGCGUGAAAGCGAAGUAUAUACCCGAGAAUGAAAGCUCUGAACAGAGAGAUGCCAGAACAAUAUUUGUUGGGAAUGUUCCUGUGGAGAUUACAAAGUCCAGGCCGUUUCAGAAGCAAUUCAAAAGGCAUAUACUGUCUCAGGUUCCCGAUGCGCAAAUCGAAUCAGUACGAUUCCGCUCGGUCGCAUUCCAGAACCCCACAUCAAAACUCCCCACUUUGGACAGUGUAUCAUCCAAAAAGCUAGUUCCAAACCCACAUAGUGCGCAUGGUGGGAAAGAGGGGAGACAGCAUGAUCGCGAACGUGCGGCUUCUUGGCGGAGUAGAAAGGCUGGGGACGAAGAAGAACCUGGGUCUGUCAAGUCGUUCCUCACACCGAAAGAGAAGAAGCGCGUCGCUUUCAUUAAACACGAGAUUCAUUCAGGUGUUGAUGCUGUGAACGCGUACGUCGUCUUUGCACAUGCGCCUCCAGCUCCUAGUGCGCGUGCUGCCAAUGUGCCUCCCCCACGACCCAUUAUGGACCCAUACGAAGCGGCGAGUUUGGCGGCGGAGCGAUGUGAUAGAACUGUAUUCAUGGACCGAACAAUUCGAGUGGAUCGAGUCGGAAAAGGUCACGAAGAAGACAGCCACAAUACGGAAGGAUCGCUAAUCGGCGACCCGAAGGCAACGGUAUUUGUGGGCAAUCUAGACUUUGGCAGCAAAGAGGAGGAUUUGAGGGUGUUUUUUGAAGGCUUAGUAAUUGCAGAGCGGGGAUCGCCUACCGCGGUCGCGGAAGCUGAAAGUGAAGAUGAAGACUUGGACGACGAUGAAGAUGAGAGGGUGAUACAUACUUCCAAAGACGAUCAACGCAAUAGGCAACAGACGUGGGUCAAGCGAGUGCGCAUCGUUAGAGACAAGGAUACGCAACUCGGCAAGGGAUUUGCGUAUGUGCAGUUUGUAGAUCAGGAGUGUGUCGACGAGAUACUAGCAUUGGAACAGGACCGACUCAAGUUUGCCAAACGCAAACUGCGAGUACAGCGCUGCAAAUCCGCUCCUGGAGGUGUGAAAGUGACGUCCAAAAAAUCGAGACCUCCUGCCGCCACCGCUGCAAAAUCUUCAGCCUAUAAUCGGCCUCAGAUGUCAUCCGGAGGCCCGACCCAUGGCGCGCCUUUGCCUAAAGGCGACUCAGAGCUCGGAAGGAAGAUCUCUCAUCUACCCAAGGAGGAGCGAAAGAAGGCGAAAGCUGCCGAUGCUGAUCGGGUAGCAAGGCGCCUAGCGAAGAAGAAAGCCAAGCUACUUGCGGAGAAGGGAGUGAAGCCGAGGACGGACAGAGAAAGGGUGAGGAAGCGGCCGGGAGAGAGGAAGGGAAGUGACACCAGGAGCAAGCGCAAAGGGAGAGUGAGGAGCGGUAAGGCGUUGGGAAAGAUGAACAUAAAAAAAUAG